UCUCCAGGGUGAUGAAAAAGAUGUAGCCUAGUUAUUCGUCCUGAGAAAUAAAUAACGUUGUUCGGUUAAAUACGUUAAUUGUGUGAACUGUGGCAGCAAUAACCAUGGCUGGUUUGAGGCGAGUGAACGGGAAAAUCUCGGGAAUUAACCCGACUGUCAGUUGCAGUCGCCUGAGUCAGGUCCAGUCUCUGCUCUGCGAGGCUGGCACUGUUCCUGAUGGCAUCCUGUGCUCUCUUGGAAUUGACAGCAGAUAUAAUGAGGGGUGCACUGAGCUGGCUAAGUUCCUGUUCUAUGGACUAUAUGGAAGAAAUCAUUUGAAUCUGGAAAAUGCUCUUGAGGAUUUUCCUGAAGAAAUGCUAGAUGAUGUUAUCUUGCUAAUAAAGGCAGAUUGUGUUCAUCUGUACUGCAACCCAAUGAACUACAGUUACCUGUUGCCCUACGUGUCCCACUGGAGGAACCUGCAGCUCUACUGCAUGACAAAGGCGGAGUAUGAAGAUGAGGAAGCAGCAGAGGAAUUCAAAAUCUCCAGUUUUGUCACAAUGGUGCAGGACUGCUAUCGUAUCGGUGUACCUUUCAGCUCCCAGGGACACAUCCAGAAUUUUGAUAUGUUCAUGUUGGAAAAGUGGCCGCUGAUUCAAGCAUUUGCCCUGGAAGGCAUUGGUGGAGGAAGCUUCUUUACCAUGAAACACAAGAUAAUGGACAUGAGUGAGAAGCUGUGGCAGGUUUACAACAGACUCGACCCAGUGUCCAUUGAUCAUCUCCUCAUAGAGGACCUGGUUAACUUUGAGAAGCAAUGGAGUGGCUUUUUCUCCAGCAUGGACCUGGAGAGCCAUCUGUCUAUCUUGGAGCUUUCUGAAGCGCAGGCAGGAGAGUCAUUCCGUACUUAUUACUCUCAUGGACUGAUCUCAAGCAACAUCACAGAUAAAAGUAAAAGUCAGCAGCCCUUCGUGUUGUUUGGGAAGCACUCGUCUUUAGAGGAUUUGGAGAGUUAUUCAUUUAACUUUCCCUCAGAGAGUCAUCAAGUCCGCAACACAGGACCGUGUGCAAAGCUACCGCAUCAAGGGUAG